AUGGCCGCCCUCGCCGUCCGAGCCGCGAGUGAUUCCUGUCCGGGGAAUACCCAGUGCAAGACUUCCUCAACCUCGAAGAGCACUGCUGUCGAAGUCAAGACCAAGACCACCUCAACGUCGACAUCCAGCUCGACCAUAUCAACCACCACAAUCCCAGCGGCUACGCACCCCGCGACUACCUCUGCCACUACAACAACCCCAACCCCAGACCAAACCACCAUCCACUCAACAACCACACCCACAACAAUAACCGCAACAACAACCACACACCACCAACCCAACAAAAUCAGCCAAGCCCUCAUCGCCGGCGUCGUGGGCGGCGUCCUCGCCCUCCUCAUCCUCGUCGCCUUGGUGCUGUACUCGAUCUACCGGGCCCGAAAACGCCGGCGGGGCCAGUUCCGGCUCCUGUACUGGCGCCACCCUGGGACUUUGGGGUCUGGAUCGCCGUCGAAGGAGGAACGGUUGUUCUGUGGGGAGGGGAGUGGGACGGAGAUGGUCGAGACGAAAGGCGCAAGCGCAGCCGCCUCGAAUUACGAUAACAGUGCCAGCAGCAGCGCCAGCAGCACUACCAGCAUUCCCCCCAGCACUACCAGCAACCCUAAAGACCGCAACCCCAACCCGAUCCCGAUCCCAAACUCCAACCCCACCACCACCACCAUCUCAAAUAAACCCUUAUACCACCCCACCCUGCCCAAAGAACCCCGGUCUACCCUCUCCCUCCCCCUCUUCCUCCCCUCAAAUCCAAAUCUCUCCCCUCAACGACCGAGACCGCCACCUCGCGAUGCGCUCAUUCGGCAACAACAACAGCGACCCCGAAAGCGUCAGUCCGCUCGUCUCGCCGGAGACAACGCCCACCAAGAAACCUCUGCCUGCGCCGGCUCGGAUGCGCGGUCAUGUUAA